AUGUCAGACGGUAUUGGUUCGGUGCGCACAUUGAAGAGGAAGAAUGUGAAAGGUCUAGCAUUGAAUGCACCCCCACCUCGUGCUGCGGCACCAUCCGAGAGUGAUAUCCAGAUUCCUGGUGGGAUUAGCAGUGAAAGUAGUAGACAGACCGCACAACUAGAGAUUGGAAUCGAAUACAAGUUGGAUUUGAAGAGGGAGGAUUUAGAAGUUCUGAAAGAUCUCGGUCAUGGAAAUGGAGGAACCGUCAGCAAAGUCAGACAUAUGGCUACAGGCACGGUCAUGGCGAGAAAGGUUAUACAUGUCGAAGCCAAAAAGGAAAUGCGUCGUCGAAUCGUUCGAGAAUUACAAAUUAUGUACGACUGUAAUUCGGAAUACAUCGUCAACUUUUAUGGUGCAUUCUUGAGCGAUAACAACGAUGUCAUCAUGUGUAUGGAAUAUAUGGAUGUUGGAUCUUUAGAUAGAAUCUCGACACAUUUCGGUCCUGUUCGAGUCGAUGUACUUGGAAAAAUCGCAGAAGCUACCCUCGGAGGCCUCACGUAUCUUUACAUCAAGCAUCACAUCAUGCAUCGAGAUAUUAAGCCAUCCAAUAUCCUGGUGAAUUCGAAGGGUCAGAUUAAGCUGUGUGAUUUCGGUGUUUCAGGAGAAUUGGUCAAUUCAGUGGCAGACACCUUCGUUGGAACAUCUACAUAUAUGGCACCAGAGAGAAUUCAAGGACAGAAAUACACUGUAAAGUCUGAUGUCUGGAGUUUUGGUCUCGCCAUUAUGGAGCUCGCAAUUGGAAAGUUUCCAUUCGACGCUAGUGAGCACUUGUCUGAUGGAGAUGGAGCACCAUCGGGUAUUCUUGACCUUCUUCAACAAAUUGUUUAUGAGCCUGCGCCAAGGCUACCCAAGAGCGAAGCUUUCCCUCAAAUUCUUGAAGACAUGAUCCAGAAAUGCAUGUCUAAGACUCCAGAAGAGAGGCCAACCCCUCAAGAGCUUUAUGAACGUGAACCUUUUGUCCAAGCUGCCAAGCGAACCCCAGUGGAUCUUCGUGAGUGGGCUGUCAGCAUGUUAGAAAGAGACAACCGCAAGUCACAUCUUGCACCUCAAUUAUCACCAGCGAGUAGAGAUGUCCUACGCGGCGAUGAUUCACCUAAUGCUUCGCAAACGCCUACAUCAGGAGAUAUUCCCAUUAAAAAUGCCGAUCCACGUUCCUCGGUAACCUCUCCGCAAUACAACGAAAACCAUAACCCGAGAUCCCGCUCUCCUACUAAGAAUGGUAGUAUUUCGGGUCGAGGAGGUGUAGCUUUCCAUCCUGGUCUACCUAUAAGAGGCAGCACCACCAACUCGAUACCAAAACUUGCAGCACUGAACGCACCUGACCCACAUGAGGGCAAUGGUCCCUCUAGCGCAAAUACACCCAAUUUUACCACCACAACCCUUCCAAUGCGUCCAGCUCCAGCAGGUCCCUUACCACCGCCACCCAGAAAGCAUUCCGAAGAUAACAGCCAUAAAGAAAGUCGACGUCAGGCGACCUUUGGUAAUGGCCUAUAUGGCUCAGGCUAUGCAGCCCAGGGUUCAUAA